AUGCUUGCUUUUUCAGACCUCGUCAGAGAUUCCCGGCUGAAAACUCGAUUCUCCUCAAAGUACACUCAGCAUGUCUACUACGUCUCCGGAGAGACACCGCGACAGAGGAAGGUGAGAAGAGAAGAGCGGUGGGAACGCAGAGAGAGCCUCGGAUCAGGCUCCUUUGGAACAGUAUGGCUUGAAAAGCUCACGGCCGAGCAUGCCAGAUAUCGAGCAGUCAAGGAGAUCCGUAAGAUUCAGCGCGGCUCGAACACGAUUAGCUACGGUCGUGAGCUCGAGGCUAUUGCUAAAUUCUCUCAUGAAAAGUACGAACUUUGCUUUGUCAAGUCGUACGGAUGGUACGAAAAUGAUGCUAGUGUCUUCAUUGCUAUGGAGUACUUUCCAAACGGGGAUCUUCAAAGCUAUCUGUCCUCGCCUCUGCCAGAGAAAGAAGUUCAGCAGAUAACUUUCCAAAUUUUGGAGGCGUUAUCCUUCAUGCAUGAGAACGGCUUCGCCCACCGCGACCUGAAGCCAUCUGUAAGAUUACCAUGGCUUUUCCUCAAUAUUUUAGUGAAGUCCAAAAGCCCGGACUGGUGGGUCAAAGUCGGAGAUUUUGGAAUCUCAAAGCGAGCAGAAGACGGCCUCACAGCUCUACGAACGUUUAGCGGCACUCCCGGAUUCCUUGCACCAGAGCUCUUGGUUCAAAAUGGCCUUCUCGACUCCAAUGAGCUUAAAUUCGGAAACGAGUAUACGACAGCUGUAGAUAUAUGGGCACUAGGCGAGAUUGUAUUCCGUGCUCUCACAGGUCAAGCGCCGUUUGCCAGGUCAUUGGGCGCAUAUAUUAGAGGAACCUCCCCAUUUCCCGUUGAGAUGAUGCUGUCAAAUGAUAUCAGCGGAGAGGGUUGCGACUUCGUCAAAAGCUUGAUGGCUCCGCUGCCUAAAGAUCGCCCGACUGCGCCAAUAGCGGAAGAACACACUUGGAUGGAGUCUCUGAGACCUUCAUCUCCACGAUCUUCGGUAGAAUUCGAGAGGUAA